UCUGUGCGUUGGGUAAGGAGCAUCGCUGGUGUGUCAGGAUGGGUAUCUAUGAAGAAAGAGGAGAACUGGUUAAACCAAAGAGGAAGCUGUUCAGCCAGAGAACCCCUCCUGCCACUUCCAAAAGUGAGCAUCAAGUAGAGCUGCUCUAUGCUAUUGGGGGGCUGAGCCAUGGCAGCAACGUCAGUGGUGUGGAGUGUUACAAUCCCCUGGACCACGAAUGGAAAGUGCUUGGAUCCAUCUCGAGGCAUCGGAGUAGUGGCGGAGUGGCUUCCCUGAAUGGCUCCAUCUACGUGGUGGGCGGCUACGACGGUGUGGUGUGCUUUAGCAGUGUUCCAAGGUACGAGCCUGAAACCAACUCGUGGAAGCGGGAUGUGGCCCCGAUCAGUGAAGCCAAGCGGGAUGUGGCUGUUGCUGAGCUGGGAGGCUACCUGUACUGUGUGGGCGGCUAUGAUGGGCUGUUGUGUCUUAGCACCGUGGAGAGGUACGACCCUGAGCUAAACAGGUGGUGCAGGGUGGCAUCCAUGAAUCGCCGCCGGAGGGGCCUAGGCUUGGCUGUGCUCGAUGGUUACCUGUAUGCCGUUGGGGGGUCCGAUGGAUGUUCCCCAUUAUAUUCAGUGGAGCGUUACAAUCCGGCAGAAGACAGGUGGACCCCUUGCUCUCCCAUGAGGACCUGUAGAGAGUACCUCGGAUGCGCAACCUUCCAAGGGAAGAUCUAUGCUGUUGGCGGGCGGGAUGACCUCACCGAACUGCGCAGUGUUGAGCGGUUUGAUCCUGUUGCCAACGAAUGGUCUGCUGUAAUGCCAAUGAAGUCCAAGAGGAGUAAGGUGAGCCUUGCUGCUGCGAAUGGCUACCUCCUAGCCAUUGGGGGAUAUGAUGGCACCGUCCACGUGACCACAGUAGAGGCAUUUGACGUGGAGAUGAACAAGUGGAGGCGCUUCGGCAACACACAAACGUGUCACCCCGGCGGAGGCGUCACGGCCAUCAACACGGCUCCCUGCGAUCGGGAAACUCCCCAAGUGGUCCGGAGCAGAUAGAAAAACAAUUCUGAUUUCUGGUUUGGUGGGACAGUUAGUUAGGCCUGAACAACGAAAGAAGGAGGAGAGAGGGGUUGGUGGCGGGCAGGGACUACGGCCAGAAAGAGGCGUGGCAUGGCAAAGGCGCGAUAGAAUUUCCCUCCUGCCUGAAUGGAAGUUCAGAAGUGUCCAUUUUGCAGGAGGUAAAAGGAAAGUACUUAAUCCUCCCAAUGCCCACUGCAUGACUCCCCCACAGACACCCCCCCCACCUGUUAAUUUUCCCUUCCCCCCUUUUCCAGCCAUGCUUAGACUAGAAAGGAGCCCCUCUGGGAGAAAAACAGCCUGGAAAAAGAGUCACAGCAGGGAAAGCCUUAAGCACCUUUCCUCCACCCACCCUUUCAGCCCCACAAAUGCUGCUCCCACGUCAUUGGGCAUCCCCUGUUUGCAGCAUCAUGCCUAUAGUGUGGUGGUCAUAUGCAGUGAGAUGAAGAGGUGUACAGGACUAUAGGACUUCAGGUGGCAGGUGCAGGAUGAAACCCUAAAAGUAGAAAGCUAGCACAGCAAGCAGCAGACAAGGCUUGAACCUUUAUCCCUGAUGUGCUAGAUUUUUAAUUGCAGAGUUUCGUCUCUUCUUAACAUGGGGAGCAUUAAACUGGCAGCCUUCAGUAGUGGUCUGAAUUGGUAGCAUUCCCUGCCAUCUGUGUAUAGAGGGUUCACGCCUGCAGCAGAAUGUGGUGGUAGAAUGGAGCAACUAAGGCUGGAAUGUUACAUGCAAGUGGAAGGUAACAUUUUUAGUGUUCCCCUGCAAGUAGAAAAACUAGCUUAUCAUCGGUAGUUCAGCAGUUCGAGACCUGAGUGCUGCAUGACGGAGUGAGCUCCCGCCAACCUAGCAGU